CACUUAGACUGAGGAACGUCUGCUGUUUUGUCUCUGUCCUCAGUUUUAUUUUUCGAUUUUUUAAAUUACAAACUUGGAUAUCCUGCAGCAAGUGUGAACAAUGUGCACGUUUUGCAGCGUCAAAUGUUGCUUUGUUUUCUUCAAUCUGCUUUUCUUGGCAUCUGGGGUCGCUCUCAUCAUCAUCGGAGUACAGGAACACUCCACAUACUCGCUGUUGGGCGCUUUUGCAUUGCAAAGCCUGUCUAAAAUCGCUAUAGUCCUCAUUGCAGUGGGGGUCGCUAUAACCCUCGUCUCCGUGUUGGGCGAUUUGGGGGCAUUCUUUAAUAAUAAGUCUAUGGUGUCUUGUUUCAUCUGUAUCCUGAUCAUCAUUAUCAUUCUGGAGAUACUCACAGGGGCUGUCUUUUACGUGUUCGGCAAAAGGACUGUCCUAAAGAUGAAGAGCGCUAUCGACAACAAAGCACAAACGGUGAUCCAUGACUACAGCCCAGAGAAGAGACACGCCAUCGACAAAAUCCAGGAAAAGUUCAGGUGCUGUGGUGCACACGGCCCCUCCGACUGGUCCAGCAGUGUGGGCUGGGAGGACCACGAUGCCGUGCCAGAUUCUUGCUGCGUGGUGAAGAGUCCAGAAUGUGGCAAGGACAAGGAGAAAGCACACGCAAAGGGUUGUGUCAGGGCCAUUGAGAUCUUUAUGUUGAAAAACCUGCUGUGGGUUGCUGUUGUCUGCAUUGGUCUUGGAGUCACAGAGGUUCUUGGAAUAGUUGCCGGGGUGUUGUUCUGUCUGAACAUAAAACGAAAAAGCUACGAAAACAUGAGCUGAUGCGUCAUCGUGGCCCAGCACAGCCGACUUCUCACAUCACGGACACAUUUAACCGGUUUUAUUUGCUUUUCUUGUCUAUUCUUUCUCAAAUUUGACAUAAAGAUAAAAGGUGUAGUUCAUAGGAUCGAGUCACUGAUAUGUUUGAAAACAACCCUGCAUUGCUUCUUUCUUACUGACAAAUGGAAAUCUUUUGGUCUAUAAUGGCCUGUUAUAAUCGUCUCAUGUUUAAAUUUCAUGCUACUGGGAAUAUUUUCAAUAAAUGUGUGAUACGU